GAAUCCUUAGCAACCCAGUCAAACUCUUCUGAUCCCCACUUUGAAUUGCAAAUUUUCUUAUUUGUCACCCCCAUUUUUGUUUCUUGAAUAGCUACAAAAUCCACUUCUUUUUUCUUCACUAGGUCUCUAAUAUGCCUUUUCUUCCCAACACCUCCCAACCUUCUAAUAUUAUAAGACAAAUUAUUCAUUGAGUUGCUUUACUAACCUUCUGUAUCGUGCAUGCUCCCUUUGAGAUCUUCGAUUCCUUAGCUUUUUUAUCUCUGACCUCUAUCUCCUUGAGAUUAUUGAUGACCCCUUCCUCGUCCUCUGCAACCAUGCUUAAAUUUUUUGUAAAAUUCCAUAGAUCCCCUGCAAUUUUAUGGCUAGGAUGCUCCUUCAAUAAUCUAUUGCAAUUUUCUAUCCUACUAUUGCCCACUGAACCUCCCACCACCGAGUUGCUCAUGCUUGGCAAAAACUCUGGGAUCCCUUUUUCUUUUUGCUUGUCUUGGCUUGGGUUUUCCUCUUCCCUUCUUCUUCUGGUUCAUCAAUCCUAGGAGUGUUGCAGAAACUCAGUGAUGCUGAGGAUUAUCAGUGAAACUCAAUCUGCUUUCUUGAGAGGACGUCAAUUAGUUGAUGGAGUAUUAGUGUUGAAUGAGGUUGUGGAGGAAGUUAAGAGAAGGAAGCAGUCGGCUUUUGUUUUCACGGCUGAUUUCGCGAAGGCAUAUGAUUGUGUGGAUUGGUCAUUUUUGGAAUGGAUGAUGGAUCGCUUGGGUUUUGGAAUCAAAUGGAGAGGUUGGAUUAUGGAAUGCUUGUCGACUUCUAAGAUUUCAAUUCUAGUUAAUGGAAGCCCGACGGAGGAGUUCAAGGUUGGAAAGGGAUUACGACAAGGGGACCCUUUAUCCCCAUUCUUAUUCUUGAUGAUUGGAGAGGGAUUAAAUGGAUUGGUUCAAAAAGCAAUGUCGGAGGGUAUGUUUCGAGGUAUAGAGAUUGGCAGGAAAGGGUUAGCAGUUUCUCUACUUCAAUUCGCAGAUGACACAGUCAUUAUGGGAAAGGCUGACAUAGAGCAUAUAAUCAUGGUUAAAACAAUUCUGCGAGGGUUUGAACUGAUGUCUGGUCUACAAAUUAAUUUCAGCAAGAGCAACAUUUAUGGAUAUAAUGUUCCAACGAGAUGGCUUGAAGGAUCAGCAAGUCUGUUGCGAUGUGGAGUCGGAAAAUCAACUUUUAUUUAUCUGGGAAUGCCUGUUGAUGGAAAUCCAGGGAAUAGGAAACUAUGGGAACCGGUGAUAAAAAAAUUUCGUGCUAAACUUGCUGUCUGGAAAGCUGCUUCGCUGUCCUUCGGUGGCCGCCUCAAUUUGGUAGUAGGGAAGGAGAUGGGUGCUUGUAUCUUUCUUGUUGUAUCAUGGUAUUUAUGGUAUUGGAGAAAUGGUAAGGUAUUUGAUAAUGAAGCUAUCAUCAGGGGAAGAUUACUAGAUAUGAUUCAAGCCAAAUCAUUUUUAUGGAUCAAGAAUAAGGUAAAUGGUUGUGCCUUUUCAUUUAAUGAGUGGAAGGUUAACCCUGUAGCGUGUGCUCUGUCAAUGAGAAGCCACAAACAAGCAAUGAAAUUGUUUCAUAAACAACAAAAAGAAGGCUACACUGCAGAACGGAGUGCAAGUUGAAAUUUGUUUGGGGCAUGAAGACUUCAUUGAGCAGGUAUUUUACUGUAGCGUGUUAGUUAAGCUGUAGUAAAUACAUGCUCAACGAUAUUGCGUGUCAGUGGAUUUGAAAAGUGGAAGUUUUUUGAUGAUCAGAACAGCGAGUUAUGUAAAAACUGUAAAGGAGGACAUAAAUUCGACACGGGUAUAGUGUCGACACUAUUGGGCAGGGUUAGUCCACUCUUGUUCAUUUAUGUCUCUCAACUAUUGAUGUUUAAGGGUUUGAGAUACCCCUUGUACUCUGUUUAUCAAUAAAUAUCAUUAUUUGCUGAUAAAAAAAAAAAAUCCUAGGAGUGUUGCUCUUUGGUACACCGAGCUACUUGUUUUUGCCCUUUUUCUCUUCCUUUUCUUUUCUGAUUUGUUGUUGUUACCCAUCUACUCCUUUCCAAUGCUACCAUCACUCCUCAUCUUUGUCUGGGAUGGGCUGUUGUUCUAGUGAUUCCCUUUCUCUUGUCAUCUUGCAGCUUCUUAUUGAUCUUUUCUUACUAAUUCGAAGUUGGGCCUAAUAUCGUUUCUCCUCUGUUCUUUUUCAAUGGAUUCGUUGGCCCAUUCGGCCCUCUCCUCUUCUUCUUUUGCCCUUUGUACUUGGCCCAAUCCUUUUUUUGUAGGCUCCUCCUGUAAGCCCAAUCCACUUCCUCUCAUGCUUUCUACAGUGUCUAUGCUCCUCUGAUACUUGGUUUUUGAAUCAAAUUCACCUGCCUCA